AAUUGUUCAAAGACUAACAAUAAUGUUUAUGGCGACCCAAUCGAAUCCGAAUGGAGCUGAUAACGGAAGAUAAUUACGUUCUAGAUCAUACAUCUGUUAAAAGAUGAGCACUGAUCAAAUAAGAUGGAGCCACGUGAGAAGAAGAAAUUGGCAGUUGCGGCUAGAAAGAGGAUACCCGAAAAGAAUGACUCAGCAGAUGCCUCCAUGGAAGACCUGUGUCGGAAAAAAUUCAAACCCAUCGCUCCCAAGCCUGUGAUGAGAAAAGACCAGCAUCAGGCAGUAUUGUCAGUGCUUCCUGUAAAGAAUAAUUCAUCACAAAGGAAAGAACAUGUAGUGCUUCCAUCCCCCAAGUUUGAUCCCAGCAGUGCAUUCAUCAUGAGACCUGGAAGCUCUUUUCCUUUUAUGUGCGGUGGACCCAUGAUCAUGCCGAUUCCAGUGCCAGUUGUCCCUGGCAAAGAUGGUUCCUAUGUUCCUCUGCAGGUUCCAGUUCCAAUUCCAGUCAUGGUGCCAGUCGUUGUAAGUCUUAAUCAAGCUGCAUCUCCAAGUGCCUCAAAUGCUACUUUCGCAGUUGCAUCAGAUUCCAAGCAUAAUGCCCCAUGCAGUGAAAAAGAAAGUCCCAGUGGCAGCAAGAAGGACAAAAAUAGCAAGAAAGGGACCUCGUCAAAGCAAGACAAAACAUCAUGCUCAGGAGAGAGUGCGGACAGUAAAGGACCAAAAGCUAAACCAUGCCGGUACAAGUACAGCAUGAUCAAGAAUGAGUCCUUGUUCAGGGAUAUUCUUCGUGGUGUUGGAGGAGAUUUUAUGGCCAGCCAUGGCAUUUCUAUUGCAGUAUCAUCCAGUGAUGCUCUUGAUGUCAAUAGCAUAUCAAAAGGAAUGGUUGUAACGUUGGGUCAAAAUAAGAAGAGCUCAAAUGACAAUAGUGAUGAUACUUCAGAUGGUAGCCAGAGGCUCUCUACGAGUAACAAACAGAUAGAUGGGGAAGAGUCAAAUGCAUCAGUUACAGAUACGAAUGAGAUUUCAAAUGGAAGUUCUAAACAGUGUGGGGAUGUGACAGUGACUCCAGUUGAGUCAAAUAAAUCUCAGUCUUCACUUUCAAGAACUACUCAAGGAUCAGUGGUGACAACAUCAAGAGAUAUCUCUGUGAAUAAUUGCCACUUACCAUAUCCAUCUUACUCGGAUUCAUCAAAACCAGCGGCCCAAACUCCCACUGUGUCUGCUUCUCAAACAAGGUCGAACAGAGGGCCACCUGCAAAUCAAUCAGGCCGAAGUGUGCCACAGGAAAAUAAUUGUAAUAACUUUCAAAAUCCUUCCACCGUAAACAUGAAUCUAUCAGUACAGCCCACUGGAACAACUCUUGGCAAUAAGCCGUCAAAUGAGCGUGCUAACAUUGCUUCGUCUCCUUUGAGCGUUCCUAGAACGUCUGUCCAUUCAUUCCCUUACUAUAAUACUUCAAGUCAUAAUAAUGUGCCUUUACCAAUGACAAAUCCAAAUACCCUUGUUUCUACACCAUCCAGUUCUGUGGUUACCAAUAGCAAUAUGCAGGAAUUGCGUCCACAAUGUCCUCCAACAAGUUCCGUCGUAGCUGGUGCUUCUCACAGUUCACAUUGGAAUUAUGCUCAAGGUAAUCAGCAAAAUAUGACAAGAAACGAGCCACAAAACAGACACGUGCUUAGACCCUUUCAUAAUUUAGCACAAAGGAUUGCGGCAGUACAGAAUGCUGAGCAUGAUCACCCAGAUGAAUCAAAUUUUUAUGGCAUUGAUGAACUUCAUUCUUUCGGUGUAGAGAUGGACCAGUCUGCAGGAAGCUUACUCAGUUCUUCAGAUGACAGUGUGAGUGCAGUUCUUGGUAUGUCAGAUGUCGCUGGAUCUGUAGCUGGAACUUUGACAGACAGCCCAACCAGGAGAGCUGUCACAGCUAUAGUUACACCACUACCUCGCAGUGUUCCUUUGACAACUAGCACAGCGACCAGUACAUCUGUAUCGUCUCAAACGUCAGAAAAUGUUUCUAAUUCAUCCCAGUCAGGAUCUCAAAGUUUUGAUGUUCCGUCGGGGCAAAUAGGCAGGUCUUCUGACCAAGUAAACGCUCAUAGCAAUGCCCAAGGAUCCAGUCAAGGUCAUCAGUUUCUGUCAACAGCUUCAUCUUCCUCUCAACCAACGCACCAAUGGAGUUCAUCAAGUAACAGUAAUGUGAGAAGAUUACCUAAUGCUGACUUAUCUCCAAUACAGAAUCGCUAUUCAGAACCGACAACUUCAAGUAGUCAGCCAAAUGGGAUGGUUAAUUUUGCUGCAUCUACUGUUGGCCAGCAAAGGAGUAUGCAUAUGGAAGGGUUGCAAAGCAGAACAUGUUCAGCUGUAACGUCUUCUGGUCCCAUGUCAAAAGAGCAUGUUACUGCUACACAAACUUGUGUGGCGAAUCCACAGUCGGCAAAUCAAACAUCAUUGGCGUAUUCUGCUGGUUCUCAGAGUACUGCUUCACAUCAAAGGCAACAGGCAUCCAUGUCCAAUAAUUUCAGCAUGCCGAAUGUGAAUACAAACCAGACCCUUGCGCCAAGGCCAAGUUUUUAUGAUAACUCAGAUAGAACUAAUAUGAACUAUGCACCUUCAAACAGAAAUAGGAAUGCUAUGCCUAACAGCCAACAGAUGCCAAAUCCCCUUUUGGCAGGAAAUGUCACCAGUGGCUAUCCAGCUGGGUUACAGAGCCAAACUAAACAGGCUUCAUAUCCUAUUGGUCUAAAUUCAAAUGAAAAAUCUUCAAGCAAAACAAUUGUAGGCAACAGACAAGGUGAAACUCAGCAAAGUCAAAUGCACAGCUCUGCUCAGUCGUCAACACAUAUGGGUACUAGGACUCAUCCUUCCCUGAUGCCUGGUGUUACCAAUAGCCAACCAGGGUCAUCUGGUUUCAGUAGUGGUAACUUCUAUAAUGCAAUCAGAAGCCAGGCACCAAUUACAACACGAUCAGCAUCUGUUUCAACAGGAAUGACAGCGACAACAUCUUCUGUGACGGGUGCUUCAAUGAGUAAGGUAUGGCAGCCUUCUUGGUCUGGAAAUGUCCCUGUCAGCCAGAGUAAUCCUAUUCCUGGUGGUGGGAGUCGACAUCAACAACCGGCCUCUGUUGCCCAUCGUGCAAGUUGCCCUGAUCAAACAGGAGCCCAGGCACGACAUGACAGCCCAACAACUGUGAUGACAUCUACCUCAGUACAGUCUGUUCCCCUACAGAGCAACCUGCAGACAAGACCAAGCAUGGUUGAACCUCUGCCACCACCUGGUAAUCUGUUAGGAAAUCAUGCAGGUGUGUCAGACACUAGAGGGAGCUCUUCAAAUCGCAUGCAGUUACCAGGUUCAGUCCAAGCUCCCAUAUUUCCAGGCAACAGUCAGAGGCAGCCUAUUCCUCAUCCUGCCUCUCCUGCAAGUUUCAAUGUCUCCAGCACAGAGUCAGGUCCAAGGAUGCCAUAUCCACUUGUUCCUCCAAUCAUGUUUGGAAACUCAACACCACCUCGGGGGAUUCCCAUGGGAGGUAUCCAUAGUGUACCGCUUCCAGGGAGCUUCCCUACAACUAGCAUUUCAGAACAGAAUGUGCAGCCAUCUCAGGUCAUGUCUUCAUCACCGUCAGCCAUGCAUCAUACUAUCACUCCCGUUAUGCAUGAUCGGCAUCGGAUGUACUUACCUUCGCAUUUCAGUACUCUCCACAGACCUCUCUAUAUGUCACCUAGUCCUGCACCGAGCACAGACCUUCCCUUGCUUUCACCCCAUUCAUGUGGCCAACUCCAUGUUCAUGACAGUGUCCUGUACAGCCCUAGAUAUCCAUCUUCCAUUCAUAGUUUGUCUCCAGGAGUCAACACCAACUUCCAUUCUUCUCCUUUGCAUCGCAGCUUUUCAUCUUCUGACCAUCAAGACAACUUUGCCAGAAAUAGCAUCAGUCACCCUGCACCUCAUUAUGAUAGCGCAUUAUCCCCUAUGCCACUGCGAAUGCCACACCUUGGCCAGGGUUCAACAGGUGUGGCUAAUCCAGUGAGCUCCCAAUCAGCUCAGGUGCCACCGCCAAUACCUUCCUUGCAGCACAGCAGCAUUGAAGCCAACAGGGAGCAGAACUCUAUCUUUGAGCAGAAUCUGAAGAGACUCCUUGAGCGAAGUGCUAGAAGACACAGCAUGGCUUUGGCUAGCUCACAUGGAUAUCAAAGAUCAUUGCCAUGUGACCAUACAUUCCCUCCUAGACCCAUGAGCAGCUUUUCAUCCCUUUCACCAUAUCCCCCUCCACAUUCUGUAUCCAGUGUACCCUACAGUACUCCAUCCUUGAUGGCUUCAACUCUAUCAACCCCACCACAAUCCAUGCCAAGACUACCUCCACAACCACUGCCAAGCAGGCACACAACCACUACAACAUCGCCAGGAACAGGUGUAGCAACAGCAACAGCAACAGUCACUACAGUAUCAACAACUCUGACACCGACAACAUCGUCUAUUGUAACAAGCAGAGCUAUUCUUGGAAACACAAGUGAUAAGUACCUGCCUCUGGAGUUGCUCAGCCCAGAUUCCACAAAUGCCCAGCCAGCAACACCUACGACAGCUCCAUCAACACCCUCUCCACAAGUUGCUGUUGACCUUGUUGUGAAAUGUGGAGAAACAGUGUUACACUGCAGUCGUCAGGUACUUCGAGAGUCAGGUAGGACUGUCCUCUGCUGCUGGCAUUGUGACUACCACACGGCUGAGCCACGCAAGAUGAAAAGACAUCAAAAGAAAGAAAAUGAACCUCUCAAAUGCCAGCUCUGUAGUUUCCAGAGUAGCUCUCGAUGUAGUGUCAACCAGCAUUAUAAACAGGAGCAUAUGGAUAAAGAUGAUCCAUUUCGGUCUGUAAAUCAUUAAGAACUUUUAAAAUACUUAUGCAUGUAUUUGUUAUGGAUAAAGGCUUUGUGGAAAGUCUGUAUUGAUAUGCUGAAUUGUAGUAGUGUGAGUUAACAUUUUUCAGGCUAUGCUGUUGCAAAGUUCCUGGAGUUUGGGGAGGGUAAGUAAACUUUACUUAGCAUUUGGCUUACCCGUAGCUUAAUAAAAUUUCUUAACUCGUAUUCAGAUCACAUUUAAGCAACCAACUUUCGCAAGCCAACAGCACGGCAAAAUACUAAACUGAUGAUGACUAUUGUGACAUUACACGGUCAAUCAAAAGUAUUGAGCAAUUUACGUGUUGCAUUAAAAGCACACUAAUAUGAUUUUGCACAGCUUAUGAUGACUGCGUAUGAAAAUCAUAAGCCUGCCAAUUAAUGCUUUCCAAAAUAACUGGCUUAUUAAGUCUGCUUUAAAGUUAGGGUAAAAUGCUUGGCCAGAAGCAUCAACUAAAUAUGUAAGUUGGCUAAGUAAUUUAUAUAAGCAGAAAACUGAGUAAAAUACUCCUAUUUCUGACUUAUAGAUUUAAUUGUACCGACCUUAUUAGGGAUGGUAUAAUGGUACAAAUAGCGUUCUCUUUUGCAUCAAAAAUAUGAAAUAACAUUUUCUCUUUUUGUCAUAAGAAGUAAUUCAAUAAAUGUCAUGUGACUCUCACCAAUAUAAUUCCACGCAAAAUUAUUUUACACUCUCUGUAUUCUGAAAGACUUCUUGAGUAAUAAUUUUCUUAAUAAAACUUAUACAACUUUAUAUUCUUGUCUUACAAAAGGGAAACAAAAUGUACAAUACAAAUGUCUUCAUGUACUUGUAAAAUGUUAAUAUGUAAAAGGACUAGUACCGGUAUGGAUAGGUUUUCCUAAUCUCACAUAUAACUCCUCCAGUUACAUUACAAAUGCACAGAUUAACUUAAAGAAUUAUAUUACGUAUUCCCAUUUAGUACUUUGAUGUACAGUACUAAACAUAUAUUAAUCACUGUCAAAACUCUGCAGUCAUGGAAUUGUUACCCCAUUUGUUACAAGUUUUUUUUCUCUCUCUGUAGUUCUGUUACUGGUUAUAUGAAGAAGAAAAAAAGUUAAAGUUGAUAUGAGAUAAUGUGUUUGUGAGCAAUACAAUCUAACGUGCAGAAGGGUGACUCUUUGCAAUGUAUCCUGUAUACAGCAUAUGGCAUUUAUCCAUAUAUUUCAUCCUUGAGUGUAAAAUCUCUUUCUUUAACUAUGACUAUAAAUGGUAGUGAUACCAGAAAGCACCAUUAUUCAAAGGCCAUAUUAAGAGAUUCUUUAUUUUCAUAUGAAAUGAGUAGGAAAAAGGUAAAUUAUGUCAUGUGGGACACUUGCAUGGAAUCGCCCAAAAAAGAAUGACUUCCAUGUACACGUAUAACCCAUGUAAAAGGAAGAUUUGAAUCAUACGUGUCAUCAUUAUAUCAGUAUGCUUAUUACUGAGCAUUACAAAAAUUGUCUUAUUCAGUAAUAUUUUCUUGAGGUCACUUCUAUCCAAUGAUGUUAAGUUGUCAAUCGUGUAUUAGACCAAUCAAAUUCUAUCAUCCUUCAUCCUCUUGUUUACUGAUGCAAAGUGUAAAUUCUGUGUAGAAUAUAUCAGUUUUGCCGGUCACUUUUAACAAGAGUCAAUGUACAACCUCAUCACAUUUCAAAUGCUGGAAAUUAUUAUUUUUUCAAAAUGUCCUCCCUCAAACUUUUGGACUCUGGAAUGCUCCAAAAUGCAUCAAGUUUGAUAUCAUCCUUAUGAAUGAAUGAGGUGUCCGUUCCUCCCAAGUAUGACAAAUAUCAAAUUAGUCUUUAUCAUGAAACAUGAAUGUGAUUUGGAUAACACUAAGUUUAUGCCCCUAAAGAAACUUUUUUUUUGCUAAUGUUAUGGCUCAUGAGUUAUCUCUAUCAAUAUUAUUUUGAAAGUUUUCAAUUCGCCAAGUUUUCAUUGUAUCAAUGACCAUUUUAUGUAUAGGCUCUGCCUUUCUCUGCAUCUGUAAAUAUGUUUUCAUAUGUAGAGAGAAUGUGAUUAUGGGAUAUUUUGUUUUGAUUUUGUUUAACAUAUUUUCCAAUAUUUCAUACAUUUGCUAUACGGUAUAUGUUUGUACAUUUCUUAUGAUUUGCAUUUAAUGGCUCGUUCAACUUAGAUUUGUAAUAAUAACAUCAGUUUGGAAAUAAUUAUAUUGAUAAAAAUGAUGGCUGAUGGGACCAGCAUGCAGGAUUUUAUUUUAAAUUAUGAGCAUAAUUGACACAUUCUGAAUAUUCCUUUUACAUGUUUUGUUUUCAAAUUUUUGUUUAAAUCGUAUUGCAUUUAUACAUGUUUACAUGAAAUGUACAGGCGCACAAAUAUUUUGGUAUUUAAUGAUAUUUCAAGUAAAUAUAUUCAUUUUCCACAUUUAAUUUGAUGGAGAGGGAACAUAUUAUCUGACAAGUAUGGAGUG